AUGGAUUGUGCAAACAUUAUAGCUUGGAAUGUGAGAGGAGCUAGAAAUAAGCUGGCUCGGGUGCAUCUGAAACAAUUGGUAAAGAAUUUUUAUCCGUACGUUUUUAUCAUUUUAGAGACUCAUUGUGCUUUCCAAAAGGUGGCUGUCUUUUGGAACAGAUUAGGUUAUACUCCUAUUCAUAUUGAAGAAGCUCAGGGGAAUAGUGGAGGUAUUUGGGUGCUCUCUGCAUGGCCCGGAGUAUCUUGCAAUAUCGUGGCAGCGAGUUUGCAAGUGGUGUGUGUUGAGUUUUCGAAUGGCGGUUUCUCUUGGGUCUGUGCAGCAAUUUAUGCAAGUCCCGUUCCUAGCAUGAGGGAAGAAGCUUGGAGUGUUUUUACAGAUUUUUCCAAAAUUUAUUCAGGUCCUUUAUUAGCUAUUGGAAAUUUUAAUGAGAUCCUUCUUUCAUCUGAGGUUAAAGGUGGGAACUUUGUCUCUCGAAGGGUAGAGCGGUUUGGAGCUCUCCUAGAUGAGUGUGGUUUGAUUGAUGUGGGAGCUCAUGGAUCUUUGUACACUUGGUUCAGACAUAUGCAGGGUAAUCGGUUCAUCUCGAAGAGGCUGGAUAGGGCUGUGGCUACUGAUGCUUGGUGUUUUCGUUUUUCGGAAAGCUAUGUGGAGAAUUUGGCGAGGAUGCAUUCUGACCACUGUCCCAUUAUGGUGCGAUGUCAAGGUAAUGAUAGAAGAGUCGGGGUAAAACCUUUUCGUUUUCAAGUAGCUUGGUCUUAUCACCCAAAUUUUUCGUCGGUGGUCAGCGGUGCUUGGGACAAGGGUAGACCCAAUCCUAUUCGUUGCCUUUCUCAGGUCAGAGAUGAUGCUUUGGCCUUUAACCGAGAUGUCUUUGGGAAUACUUUUAAAAGAAAGAGGGAAUUGGAGAGGCGUGUGACCAGUAUCCAACAGAGAAUGGAGAGAGUUGAUGCUUUAUCCCUUAUACAGGAAGAAAGGGAGUUACAGUCUGAAUAUAGUAAUCUGCUUAUGCAAGAGGAGUUGUUUUGGUAUCAAAAAUCCCGAGAGCACUGGGUCAGAUUUAGAGAUAGGAAUACUAAGUUCUUUCAUAUGCAAACCAUUAUGCGGAGGAAGCGUAACAAGGUUCAGGGGUUAUUUUUGGAGGAUGGAAGAUGGAGUACUGAUCCGCAAGAACUCGAAGAAUGUGCAAUUGGAUUUUAUAGAGAUCUUUUUUGUAAUGUGGAACAGAUAGAACUUGAUGUGAUGGGGGAUCAGGAAUUACCUUCUUUAUCUUGUGAGGCUAUUGAAAGUAUCACAAGAAAUGUUUCUAAAAAAGAGGUUAGGAAGGUGGUUAUGGGCAUGAACUCUUUUAAGGCCCCACGUGCCGAUGGUUUUCAGGCUUUUUUCUUCAAGGAAUAUUGGGAAGUGGUUGGUACAACGGGAGGGUUUAUUCCUGAAAGGGGUGCCCCAGACAAUAUCAUUAUAGCCCAGGAAGUUCUCCAUUUUAUGAAAAAAACCAAAUCAAAGAAAGGUGUUCUUGCUUUUAAAAUUGACCUAGAAAAGGCUUAUGACAGGCCAAAGAGGGGUUUGAGGCAAGGAGACCCAAUGUCUCCUUAUUUAUUUGUUAUUUGUAUGGAGAGGUUGAGUUGCCUCAUUGCUAGGCAAGUGGAGGUUGGUAGAUGGAAACCAGUGACUAUGUCUAGGGGAGGUUCUGUAAUCUCCCAUCUCCUUUUUGCAGACGACCUUAUCUUUUUUUGCAAAGCGAAGAAAUCUCAAGUGCUUCAUGUUUUGGACACUAUAGCCACCUUUUGCAGAGCAUUUGGUAUAAAGGUGAAUUUUGACAAAUCUCGUGCUAUAUGUUCUAUGAAUGUUUCUAGACAACACAAGGAUCUCUUCACUGGUAUUUCUUCUAUCCGAUUUGCUAAUUCUCUGGGAAAAUACCUUGGUGUCCCCCUCAAGCAUGGCAUAGUUACUAAAGCUGAUUUUAAUGAUGUGUUUGAUAAGCUUACUAAUAGGCUAGCAUCUUGGAAAUGUCGCUUCCUUAAUAAAGCUGGUCGGAUUUGCCUUACUAAAUCAGUUUUAUCUUCUAUACCUAUUUAUAGGAUGCAAGUAAGCCUUUUUCCAUCAGGUGUGUGCUCUAAGAUUGAUAAGUUUACUAGAAGUUUUAUUUGGUGUGGUAGUCAUAAUCACCGUGGUCUUCAUUUAGCAUCUUGGAGAGUUUUGACGACUCCGAAAAAGUUUGGAGGUCUUGCUUUGCAGGAGUCGCGGUUGGUCAAUUUUUCUUUAUUAGAAAAACUAGUUUGGCAAAUUUUGAUGAAUCAAGAGAAACUGUGGGUCAAGAUUAUGCUUCAGAAAUACCUCCAGAAUAGAAACCUAUUUGCAGUUAAAGCAAUGGGUUCUUCAUCGUAUAUAUGGAAGUCUAUUGUGCACACAGCUUCCGUAUUAAAGGAAGGGUUUGUUUGGGAAGUGGGAGCUCUUUCUAAGAAUUUCUGGUUUGACUCUUGGUUGCACUCUGGGCCAGUAGGAGCGAGGAUUGAAUUUCUUGAUAUUUGUGAGGCUGCUUUGACCAUUGAAGAUGUUUACCGUGAUGGAGUUUGGCAUUUGGAGAGGAUUUUCUCUUUUAUUCCUAGGGACUUAAGGGAAGACAUUCUUAGUUUAAAUAAGUUGAAUUGGGAUAGGAAUAUCAAUUGGCUUUGGCUUUGGAAGGCGCGGGUCCCUGAAAAGUUGAGGCUCCUAGUGUGGCUUUGCCUUCAUGAUGCUGUACCAACUCAAUAUCUGCGUUUUCGGCGACAUCUCUCCUCCUCAUCCUUAUGUACACGAUGCAAUCAACUUCCGGAGACAAUUCUUCAUUGUUUUCAGGAUUGUGAAGUGGUGCGAUCAGUUUGGGUUUCUCUAGGUUUUUCUGAUGUGUGUUUCUUUGGCUCUCACGAGGUACAUGAUUGGUUCAAGCAUGGCCUCCUCAAUGAAGGUUGUUCCAAAUUUAUAGCUAUAAUAUGGUCAAUUUGGCAAGACAAAAAUAUGGGUAAUUUUCAGGGAGUUUUUGGAUCUGAUCAUCUGAUGGGUCAAUUGCAUACAAGGCUCGCAGGUGCAUGGUGGAUUUUGAAUAUACAACUCAGAAUCGAGUGUUGCAUUCAGGGAUUAAAACCUCUGUCUUGGUCUCCGCCAGAACCUGGUGCUUGGAAGUUAAAUUGUGAUGGGAGUGUGAACUUGGGGGAUGAUUGUGCUGGUUUUGGGUGGGUAAUUCGCGAUAGCUCCAGUCAAUGGGUAAUGGGAUGCUCAGAAAAUUCCUUUGGACCUAGUGUCAUCAAGAUGGAGUUGUGGAGUAUAUGGAAAGGUUUGACUUGGGCUUGGGAGGCGGGUCUUAAGCUUGUUGUUUGUGAGACAGAUUGCGCAGCAACUUUUGAGCUAGUGACUGGUUGGCAAGUUCCACUCUGGCAUCUUGAAAAAGAAGUGAUACAACUAAUCUUUGACUUGAAGUUAAGAAGGGAUUGGGAUAUUCGUUUUGAGCUUAUCCCGAGAGAAGCUAAUGUUGUGGCAGAUCGGUUGGCAAAGAUGGGAUCUGGAGGUAGCGAAACUGAUGAGGUUCACCUUUGGCACCAGCCACUAGAGGUGGUUUGUCCUUUCUUACUGUUAAGAACCUGA